AUGGCCGCCCAAAGGAAUCCCCGAAUGCUUCAAUUCAAGCUCGUCUUGCUUGGCGAGUCGGCUGUCGGCAAGUCGAGUUUGGUGCUCAGAUUCGUCAAGGACCAGUUCGAUGACUACCGCGAGAGCACGAUUGGAGCUGCCUUCCUCACACAAACUGUCAGCUUGGAUGCGCAGACCACCGUCAAGUUCGAGAUUUGGGACACGGCGGGACAAGAACGAUACAAGUCGCUCGCACCCAUGUACUACCGCAAUGCCAACUGCGCCGUUGUAGUCUACGACAUCACCCAACCCUCUUCGCUCGACAAGGCCAAAGCAUGGAUUCGCGAAUUGCAACGACAGGCUGAUCCCAACAUCAUCAUUGCCCUUGCCGGUAACAAGGCCGACUUGGCAAGCACACGACGUGCUAUCCCCACGGAGGAGGCCGACAAGUACGCACAGGAGGAAGAAUUGCUUUUCCUCGAGACCUCGGCCAAGGACUCGUCCAACGUUUCGGAGCUGUUCACGAUGAUCGCACGCAAGUUGCCGUUGGAGCAGGCAGCUGAUUCGCAGCGAGCGGCUGCUGGACGUGCUGGCGCGGCCGCGACUGGUGGAGUUGCAGGGGGUGCAAGAUCAGGUGUCGAUCUGAGAGGUCAGCAGGGUGAAGGUCAGCAGCAGGAUGCUUGCAACUGUUAG